GAGACAACGGCGCUAUGCCUCAUUGGAUUUGAAGAGAUGUUGCAUGUUGCUGUUGUUUUGGUUUUGAGGAUUUAGAAACAACCUUUCCAGAAUUUGUAUCCUGUUGUGCACACACAUGAACCUUGGUUAUGCACACACAUGAACCUUGGUUACUGUUUGGUUCCUUGGUUACUUAUCACUCUCAGUGUACACGGGGAAUUAAAGACAAAACCUGGACAUUUUGUUCCGACUUUUGCGGACUGUGGUCAGUGUCGAUUCAAAGGUCUCAAAGGAGUAUUAGCCUUGAAUGAGUUGACAUCACUUUGGCUUUCAGUCAAGAAAUGAAGAAGCAGUGCGUCAGGCGGGCAAUCCAACCACCAAGACAAGCAUGGAAAUGGAGAAUCACGUCUUCCUGAAAGCAAAGUCUCGGGAAGAUUAUUUGGGCCUUGUUGCCCGGCUGAUUAUCCAUGUUCGAGAAAUAAAUUCGAAGAAAGAGAAGGCUGGACAGGUGCAGGCGCCCGUGAUGGGCCAGCAGCAGAUGCAGGACCCGAUCAAUGCCCUCCAGAACCUCGCCAAGCAGAACCUCUCGCCUGGGAUCCCUCCCCAACAACAGGCACCAGGAAUGCCAGGUCAGAUGCCAAGUCAACAGCUGCGUGCCCAGUUGCAUCCCAUGCAGCAGCAGAUGAUGCAUCAGCAGAGGCAAGGAAUGCCACAGGUUCUGCCCCAGAUGCAAGGCCAGCGCCCAGAUACGUAUCUCCUCCAGCAGCAGCAGCAGGGCAUGAACCAGAUGGCCAUGGGCAUGCACCAGAUGCCCCCAGGCAUGCAGGAGCAGUAUGGUAGUUACGUAACAUACCAGUAUUACCCCUCUCACAGCCAUCACCAGUAUUCCCGUAACUCUGGUCAGCUUCAGCGCCAGACCUCGUACCCGGGACCCCAAGGGUACAACCAGUUCGCCUUCCAGCAGCCACCCCACCAUGCUAUGCAUGACAUGCAUCACCUGGGACCCUGUGCGACCCCACCUAGUCUGACCCCUACCACUCCAACGAAAGAGUACCCACCGCCACCAUACUUAGUAAGAGAACACCCAAACCAACAGCCAAUGCCAGUCAGCAUCCAGCAGCAGCCUUCGCCUGCACCACCAACCUCAUACCAUGUGCAGUCUCCUGCUACCAUGUUAGCCAGUCCCUCCCCACAGAGCCAGGUCGUGCCAUCGCCAGCCUCUAGGACCAUGGGGGCCCCAUCUCCUGGCCAAGUACAACUACACACUCCAGGUAAUGUCGCUACUCAGGGUGCGGUUCCGAGCCCCGCGUCCAGAACCCCUGAGGACCAGGCGUACCUCGAGAAACUCCAACAGCUCUCCAAGUUCAAGGAACCCCUAAAAGCGUUCAUUCAGAGCCUCGACAAGGGUGACGACCGACACAAGAAGGAAAAGAUCAAGAUGACCAACUUACUGGACGUCCUGUCGAACCCGAACAAGCGCCUCUCGAUGGCAGCGUUGGUGCGGUGUGAGCAGAUCUUGGAGAAAUUAGACUUACAAGUAAAGGCUACCCUCCCUAGUGGCAUCACCCCUUCGACAACCAGCCAGGUCUCUCAGGAGCGCCACAUGUGCCAACCCCUGCUUGACACGAUUGCUGCUCACAUGAAGUCUCCGCUCUUGAAUCACACGCUCCAGAGGACGUUUGGGCCCGCUCUCUACGCGAUACAAGGGGGGCCUCCUCUCAGAUCUCACAGCCCUCCUGCCAAGCGACAGAAGGCAGAACCCGAGAAAGACAAUGAGAUAGCAGACGUACUUCAGGGAGAGCUAGCACGUCUGGAACAACGUUUCAAGGUCACACUCGACCCUGUCCAUCACUCGGGAUCCAAAACAGUGCAUUUAGUCUUUAAGUUAGAUGAUCGUAAUCUGCCGAGUGUUCCUCCCAUCAUGGUGACCGUCCCUGAAGAUUAUCCACAGAGUAGUCCCAAGUGUGAGACCGGAGAUGAAAACUAUGAUUCAACUCCUUUCUUACAAGCGCUUUAUAAAGCCUUGAAGGCUCGUCUUGACCGCAUGCCUGAUAAGUACUCGGUCACUGCCUUACUUAACACUUGGGAAAUGAGUGUGCGACAAGCAUGUGCAUCAGCAUCAGCAUGACGGAGAGACAACUGUGCUCGCUGAGUGGAGAGUGCUGCUAGAAUCAAGGAUACCAAUGGCUAUCAGCAUCUUACCACAACAGUAACAGGCAGUCAUUCUUGAGGAGGGAUGUUAUCAUCUCAUGGCCUGCUCGGCCAAGAUCUCGAGAAGACGUGCAGCCACAAUCCAGUGUUGGCUUCCCGGGAAGACCAUGCUUCAUGUUACAUGAGGUUGCUUACAUUAUUCAUGGAAAUGCUGAAUAGCCAAGCCCCAGCCAAUUUGCUUGUGUGACAUUGGGCUUGAGCAGCGCAGCUUGCUGAAAAUGAUACCAGAUGAUAGAAAAGGAUGUCUUCAACUAGAAACUGCUAGUCUUUCUUAACUGAGGGUCGAUUGGUCAUUAAACUAUAGACUGACCCUCUACUGUCCAAUUCUAAUGCAUCGCAUGUAUGGAAAGUGAACUUAGGAAGUAUUUGUAGAUAUUGUACAAAUUGAAGUCAAAUAAAAUAUAUAUUUCUUUUUUAAA